AUGGCGGAAACAUUAUCGCCAGUCCAGGCAUCAGCACUAUUGGACAUACUAACUCACCACGAUACGUAUGCUGAGAUCAGAGACUUUCGCAAAGUAGGAGCACUUGAGACCUAUGGACCGCCCUUCACAUCAGAGAGCAAGAGACUAUCAACGGCGCCAGCAUUGCAAGCGCUAGUAUCUCGUUUUGUGCUCGUAGUUCCUGGAUUGAAAGAUGUCCCGUCAGAUUUUUGGAAGGUCCAAAUCCGUGAGCUCAUUGAGGACCUCGAGGCAGCCAACUUGAGCGAAAGCUAUGAUAAAGGAACUGUUGGCAGUCGCAAGACGCUUUCUACGGCCAUCUCAGCCCUGAUCGAGUAUCCAGUUAGAGGUACAUAUGGUGGAUUUGCAGAGGUCGAUGAUGACAACGACAAAUACAAUCUGCAGUCCGCUGAGGAUCUAGCUCGAGGCUUUCGCAAUUUUGUUGACCAAUGUAUCUAUGGCUCAGUGCUUGAUGACCUGGUCAAGAAAGCAGGCGAGACUGAUAAGCUCGAAGAACAUACCAAUAUGAUCAAAGCGGUACACGAGUUUGUGCUUGUGAACCUUGCCUCAUUCAUGCAUUAUACACUUGUCUUGUCACCCAAGGGACAAUAUCUCCUAAAGCUGAUCGAUAAUGCUAACAAACUCGUUCCUUAUAUGGCCAUCAAACAGACUCUAAGGAUCGGUAAUAUCGCCACUAUGAUUAGUGGAUUAGUGAAGAUAGUAUUAACCAAGGUGAGCAUCGGUAGCCUUACCAAUUGGAUUGGAUUGACCGCCACGGAAAACGAUGGUAUGAAUUUGUUACAGCAAGUCAUUUCUACUGUGCUCAACUGGGAUGUCAAAGAUCUGGAGAGUCGUGUCUCCAAGAUCACGAAAGACAAGAAGUGCCCGAGCAAGGAGGUAUUGAAUGCUCUCGAUAAAUACAUAACCCUAGACCUAGAGAAACAGGAAUCGCUACGAAAACACAGUCAAGAAUCUUCUACCUCUAUUGUGCUUACUAUCCUUGCAGAUGCAGGAACAGCAUCGGACAUUAAAGAAGACACCCACAAACUGGCCCUUGACUAUUUGGCUUGCAAACUUUCCAUUCGGGACAGGAACGAGCUCGUCAAAGUGGCAUGUCAUAGACAUCCAGAUCAUCUCACUACCAUGGUGCGAACCCUCUUCGAUGCAUACGAACCCGUCAUCCGGGGCAUGCAUAAUGCUGUCGAUCUGUCCGACACUGUUGGAGAUCUACAAGCCUUUGUCGUCGAUAUGCUGAAGGUAGGUCGCAUUCAGCCGGCUGGCAAGGACGGUCAGACCGUCAUACCCAGUGUGGGCGAUUUCAUUCUUCUACUGAGAAAACAUCAGUUUGCAACACACAAAUUUAUACAUCAACUUUGCAAGAAUGGUGGUGAGGUCACUCGAUGGUAUUUGGAUUGGGCAAAAUACGCAGCUUCACGGUUUCAGCGGGAAUCUUCGUUCGUUGAUGCGACCGAGUCUCAAAGUGCCGAGGAUCUCAAUACGACCGAAGCAGACAAAGCGUCUGAUGCUGGAGAUCUUACACAAUCGUUACAACAGCUCUUCAGGGCUUUACCUUCCGACAGUCGCGAGAAGAUAUUGUCGGUACUGGACAAUAUGGUCGCUUAUAUCAACGCCAUGCACUCUUCCUCGUUACAACGCCUAUCAGAUGUCAUUCGUAGUGCACCUACAGACGCGGCGAAAGGCUCAUCGGCGACAAAAGCCAUCAAGGAGCGCCUGACACUUAGUCGAACGAGUAGUCGCGCCAACUCACCUGCAAGACCAGCAACUCCGAGUCCAAAAGAUGCACAAGCUCAGACACAAAACAAACCCACGAGUGUUUCCCACGACGAUGGCUCGGAAGUACCACAUGUAUCCUCGAAUCCCGGUCCGGGCGCUUACCUAGCUCGCUGGCAAGACUUACUAGAUUCGACACCUAUCACACCACUAACACUAGAGGGCAAGCCUAACAGGGCAAGUGAUAAAGUCAUUUGGGAAAAGUCAGCUACUGAUGCUGAUGGUGGGAAGACUGUCGUGUUCGAAUCUAAUGGCAAAAACAACGUUGUGGAUGCCCAGACGGUAAAGCCGGAUGUUCCAGGAGGUGGGACAAAGGGUAAGAAGGGUAUAGUCAAGAAGCCAGACGUGAAGAUAGUCAUCGAUGCUCUGGGUGAAGACUUCAGAAAACUGUUAGCGGAGAAGAGUUUAGACUGGUAG